GGGAACGGCGAAUUUACCGCCUUAAAACGGCCAUGAACUAAUAACAAUGAUAAUCAUUGAAAACGGCCUCUUGGGUGCAGAGUGGCUCGUCGUUUACAUGAGCCAAGUUGCUCGCGUUGACGAUGUUGCUGUUGCCUCUGUAGCCGAGGAGACACCGGCGGGGAGGCCUUGCUCCACGCGUGUUUGCGGAUCCGCCGACACUUUGGCGGAUAAAUGUCACGGGCUCUGCUUUGGGGGCUUUCUUUAUCAAUUCAUACUUUGACCUGUGUGUUUUUUUAAUGCAGAUGGUUACUUGUAGUACAGAGACCACUUAGUGAUUUUGACGAGGCUUGUGACCAAAUCUCCCCGAAUGCGCCAGAACGUGAAGGCGUUUGCGGGGCUGAGUGGAUAGUGCUCGGAUAGGCGACCACGACGCGGGCGGCUAACGUGGUGGGCAACAAGAGGAGGAUUCAGAAAAAUCAAACGCUUUGGCCUUCCGUGGUCCCCGCCAUCCACCAAACCGCAGUGGGCAGCCUAUGGCCAAAUAAACGCGUACGGCGUGAGAGGAGCGGAUUGACAAAACGGAAGAUGCUGCCACGUUUUCACAGUAGGGGGCGAUGUUGGCCAGUACCUUGAUACAUUCUACGUCUAUACUGUCACAUGGAUUCUAACAAGGAUGCACAACCAGCAAAACAACAACCGAUGAUUUACAUUUGUGGAGAGUGCCAUACCGAAAAUGAAAUUAAGGCGAGGGAUCCGAUCCGAUGCCGAGAGUGUGGAUACAGGAUAAUGUACAAGAAAAGAACCAAAAGAUUGGUUGUGUUUGAUGCACGUUGAGCGCAAUGUCAAGGAGACGUCUGGAUUUCAAUGGCUGUCGACAGAAGUUAUGUUUUUUUGUGUGGAUGCCAGAUGCGGUCCGUUAUUUUUCUUUCCUGUAGUAUUUGCGUGAAUAAAAGUUUUGUUGUAAAUCUUG